GGAAUCGGCCGUUAUUCUUCACUGGCAGGCAGACACAGUCCGAGGAGUCCAGUGCCAGAGACAAAGAAUUCGGUCGCUCAUUAUCUGUUUAGUUUUUACAUCCCCUAAAUUUUGGUUCGUGUCGGUCUUAUAGGAGUCAACCCAGAUAAGGUCGGUUGAUAAUUAACUGAUGUGGUUAAUUGGAAAGAGGGAGAGUGACAUUUAUAGUUUGCAAAAAUUAUUGAUGUAAAAAUCAACAAGUCCGAGAUGGCGCAUCAAGACAAACCAACAACAACAGUACAGCGGAAUGGAGGGAGCAAUGGGAGAGGAUACAGUGGAAGUGGGGGCACUGUGGUGGCUUAUCAAGACUUGGAGAGCCUGGACGUCGAUCAUUAUGAUUUUAUCAAUGCACCUCAAUACGUCGACUUUGCUGAUUUGGCCCACAAUGAUGACCCCAAUGCAGAUCUCUUCUUUGAAACGCAUCGUGAAGAGGACGACUUUUUAAUUUCUAUUGACAACAUCAGCCCCACCGUGCAGUUUUUACACGAGCAACAACAACAACAGAACAAUAUGCUGACUUCCAUUACGCAAGAGGUCAACGAGGCAGCCGCCAAGGUUGGUAUGAACGACAUUCAAGUGGUGUAUUAUUCCAGCCCAGCAUCAGCACCACGAGGAAGUAGCGAUCAAAAGAUGAGGAAGAUCGGAGGAGGCUCGCUCAACAGUUCCAAUGGAUCCUCAUAUUACACCCCCAUGGGUCUCGAUGAUGGCAAAUUUGAGUAUGAUAAGGAAAACUGUGCCCCUCCCCAAUCCCUCAACACGCCAGAGUUAGGCAAGGAGAGUGGUAAGGAACCUGUGAAGAAGUUGUCCUACUCGGCCGCAUUUUCGGAUGGAAUUGAGGAUAAAGAUAAAACCAUUGUUAAUCAAGAUGAGGAGGGGAAUCGGAACAUUGUCAAGUCUCAAUCGCCAUCCAAAGAUUUUCUCCUGGCUCAAAUUGAGAAGUUACAGCUUUUGUCCAGUGAUGAGGAUGAAGCUGUUGAACAAGAGUCGUCGCUUGAAAAGAGCUACGAGAGCCCAACGAAAUCAAUGGUAACUGAUGAUGCCCUUGUCAACUCUCUGCUCAAGACUCCAGGCGCAGCCCGAAUCAUUUCAAAUUCAAUCAAACCCAGACCAAUAACAAACGAACGAAAACCAUUUUUUGCACUUCCCCCGCAUAAGCCCAACCUUUUCGAAGGCCUCUUUAUCGUGUCCCCAUCCCCUUCGAAGCCAAAUACCUUGCAACAAAACCGAGAAAAUCUGGAUAGUUCUACAAUUACGAAGGAAAACCAUGACGAGCAGAGGUUUCACAAGCAUGAGUUUCCAGUAUUCCAAGGCCCAGUUGGGAAUGACGACAGGAAGAUGUCAAUGCUGGUUGAAAAUUCUAUUGGGCAAGAAGUGGUUUGGAACAAUGAAACCGAAUUACCAGAUGCAACGGCCUUCAUUUCACAAGAAUUGAUAACAGGAAAUGCAGCCCAGCGAGAAUUUGUGACCGACAGUUGCGAUGUUAAUGAGGAGGAAGAGGAGGAAAAUGAAACUCUGACUCGUUCAUUUGAAGGGCCGCAUUUGAGAAGUGGACUGGCCUUCAUUCCCUCUACUGGAUUUGGCCCAGACAAAGGACGUCGAGUUUCAAGUUUGAGCGAUUUGACGUCAAUUCAAGGAUUUAAGAAUAAAUUCAACAAUACAAAACCAGGUUUGAAAUCAGUGACCAAGUUUGCUGCUGCUGGUGGAAAAUUAACUAUCCCACAGUCGCCGGAUGCUAGCAAACGGUUGCCCUCCAAAUGUCGCAGUGAUUUCAAAGCCAGUGCCCAAUCCUCUUCUACUUCUUCAAUGGCAUUUUCAAAGAGGACUGAGGCCAGUAAGAAAUAUGUACCACCAGCUCCCAUCCCGUACCGCAGCACGUCUCGAGGUCCCUUGAAGGCCACUACCAAGUACAUGAGUCUGGCUGAAGAAGUGGCAAAGUUCCAAAAAAGCACUCCGGAUCGUUUCCGCUCUUUGCCCAGAGUCAAGAUUCCUAUGAGACAACAAUCAGCUUCGUGUGAACGAGAAUUGGUGAAACCUCUGUCAUCAAAUGCGGUGGAUGCUCAAGAGCUGUCGUUUCUUCCGUCUACUUCAAGAUCCAGCCGUGCUAGCUCCGUAUGUAGCAAUAGAGGCGGUGUGACUCGUGCCCCUCAGAGGACCACCAUCCCUCAGCCAUUCCAUUUCGGAACCACCAGCAGACCCAAAACAUCCGUUAUUGAUUCCAAGCAGCAAAAUGUUGCUGAUUUUAAAUUCAAAGCGCGUCCCAUGCCAAAAGUACAAGGGCCGGUUGGAAUUCAUGAGCGACCUCCUGUGAAAGUGACCCUGCCCGUUGCACCACAUUUUGCUUCCGAUGAUAGAAUUCGAGAACGAAACGUCAAAAGAGCUCAGUCAGCCACGCAAUCGCCUACUGGACAUGUUCCCAGUCAACCAAAACCCAGUCGCAUUCCAACCACUGCUCGAGGAGCUCAUCAUGGCAAUUCUUCAGAAUCGCAAACGAUGCGUACCACUACCUUCAAACCGUUCAGCUUUGAUCAGCGUGACCAAGAAAUGCUUCGCAGAAAGGAAGAAAAGAUUAAGAAGGAAAUAGAGGAGGAGAGGAAAAUUCCAGAGUUCCACGCCAAUCCACUCCCAAAGUUCGAACCACUGCCAACGAAAAGACCCGUUCAGUCCACACUGGUUGAACCGUUUCGCCUAGAGUCGGACGAGCGAGGACGGGCUUAUCAACAAGCCAUGAAUCAAAAGUUGGAAGAAGAGCGACAACGACUUCGCGUUCUGACUACGUUCCAUGCAAAUCCUGCAGUUGUUCUCCAACAACCCGCUUUUGAACCAGAGUAUCCUGUCAGGCCCCCGCUCGCCCCUUUGGAUCUUCACCUUUACACUGAGAAACGAGCUGCCGAGCGUGAACAGUUUGAACAUUCCCUGCGGCAAAAGGAGUUGGAGGAGGAACAGAGACGUCAAGAGGAGCAAGUGCGACUAAAGGAGCAACAUAGGCUAGAUGAGAUUGAACGUCGACGUCAAAUAGUUCACAAAGCGCAGCCAUUCAAAGUCCCAAAGCCGUUCGAGCUGAAACCCUCCAACAGACCGCUGACAAUUCCUCAGAGCCCGGCAUUCAAUCCACUCCCAUCUCAGCGUCGAACUACACCCACAAAGAACACGUCAAUUUCUAGUUUUUGGAGGAGUAUCAUCCGUCCGCAACAAGUUUUGGGUGGUGGUGAUGGGAACUGGGUGGAAGAGAUUCUGAUUUUUUUCGUUCUUUUAUUAAUUUCUUGUAUGAUCGGAGGAAUUCGGUGGGUUGCAAAAUGUCUUCAAAGUCUUUGCAUUCAUUUUACUAAAAAUUAUUAAUUACUUUACUAACUAAAUCAAGGGUUGCUCGCAUAACUUACUUAUUUAAUCAUCAUCAAAACAUAAUAUUUCUAAAAAUACUGUUUGAUUUAUAUCGUCCUUAUUGUUGUUGAAUCGAGUCAUUUUGUACCGUUUAUAAACAUUAAUACUAUGAAUGUAAUUAUUAUUGAAUUUUUAAAGUCGCUUCAAGCAUGUGAAAUAAAUAAAGGAUUUAUGACAUG